AUGAGGGGACUUCAAAUGUGGGCAGAGCUGGAGCAGCAGCUUGGUGCCCUGGCCAUCCUGGCCAUCCGCACUGAGGUCGUGGAGCAUCCAGAGGUGUUUACAGUUGAAGAAAUGAUGGCUCAUAUUCAACAGUUUAAAGGGGCACAUAGUAAAAAAAUAUUUCUUAUAGACAAAAAGAAAAACGACUAUUGGCUGGUAACAGUUAUUCGUGAUAGACAAGUUAAUUUAAAUAAUCUUGCCAAACAGUUGGGUGUUGGAAGUGGAAAUCUGAGAUUUGCCGAUGAAACAGCCAUGCUGGAAAAAUUAAAAGCUGGCCAAGGGUGUGCUACACUGCUAGCGCUCUCCUAUGAUGACGGAGAUGUGAAAUUUGUUCUAGAUUCUGUUUUUCAGGAAGGUAGACAUGAAAAGGUGUAUUUCCAUCCAAUGACCAAUGCUCCAACCAUGGGAUUGAGCACUCAAGACCGUCUCACAUUUGUGAAGAAGACAGGACAUGAUCCCUUAAUUAAAUUUUUAUAA